AUGGCAGCCUUCAAGGAUGAGCUGCAAACCGUCUCGGGCCUGACUCACACCCCGGUAGAGGUGGCCACCCCUCCGACCCAAAGCCAGAGCCUAGAAGCACUCAAGGACAUAGUCUACGGGUCAACAGCAGGCAUACUCGGCAAAUUCGUCGAAUAUCCUUUCGACACGGUCAAAGUCCGUCUACAAUCACAACCGCACGAGCCCGGAGUCAGCCCCCGCCUCCGCGGCCCUCUCGAUGCCUUCUCGUCUGCCUUUCGAUCGCCUGAGGGCCCGUUAGCCUCUCUGUACAGAGGCAUCAGUGCACCACUCCUCGGCGCGGCGAUUGAGACCUCCUCCCUGUUCUUCAGCUAUCGAGUUGCCCAGGACCUUGUCGUAGCAACCACACCGUCCCUCCGCGCCAAACGAGACGAACAUCCCAAUGAAAAGGUCGAACUCCCAUUCGCAUCCCUGGCUGGCUGUGGCGCUGCUUCUGGGGCAUUCACAUCUCUGCUCCUGACGCCCAUCGAGCUGAUAAAGUGCAAAAUGCAAGUGCCCCUCCCGGCACCACAAUCUGAGAUGGCCUCCCAACUGGGCUACACGACGACCCGCUCUCCGGGUGCCAUGCAGCUGAUUAGCACGAUCUUCCGCACGCAGGGAAUUCUGGGCUUCUGGCACGGACAGCUCGGCACGCUGAUCCGCGAGACAGGCGGCUCGGCGGCGUGGUUCGGCUCCUACGAGGGCGUCAAGAUGCUCUUCCUCCGCUCCGAUCCGGCCGUCUCCCACCCUGCGGACGUCAAAAUCUGGCAGCAGAUGGCCGCCGGAGCAGUAGCAGGCAUGUCCUAUAACUUUGUUUUCUACCCAGCCGACACGAUCAAGUCGCGGAUGCAAACUUCGCACGCCGAGCCCCUUGCCGAACAAGGCAAGAUGACGUUCCUGCGCACAGGGAAAGACCUCUGGCGCGAACAGGGAUUACGCGGGUUCUAUCGCGGAUGUGGUAUCACAGUCUUCCGCUCGGCGCCUAGCUCGGCCAUCAUUUUCAGCAUCUACGAGGCGUUGAGGAAAUAUUUCGGCUGA